AUGGCUAAGUUUUCUCUGGCUAACCUCUUGAUCCUCCUCCUGAACUUGGGCACUUUGCUUACUUCACUUGCUUGUCCCUAUUGCCCUUACCCAGCUCCUCCGUCUAAGCCACCGAAGUACCCUCCCAAGUUACCACCACCACACCCUCCCAAAGUUAAGCCACCAAAGUACCCUCCCAAGUUACCACCACAACACCCUCCCAAAGUUAAGCCACCAAAGUACCCUCCCAAGUUACCACCACAACACCCUCCCAAAGUUAAGCCACCAAAGUACCCUCCCAAGUUACCACCACAACACCCUCCCAAAGUAAAGCCACCAAAGUACCCUCCCAGGUUGCCACCACCACACCCUCCCAAAGUUAAGCCACCAUUUCACCCUCAACCACCAAAACCCAACCCACCUAAGCCUCCUGUUGUUCAUAAACCUCCUCAUGUGCCCAAACCACCCAUUGUACAUCCUCCCAUUAAACCAAGACCUCCAUUUGUACCCAAACCACCCAUAGUAUAUCCCCCCAUUAAACCAAAACCUCCCUGUGUACCACCACCCACAGGAUAUCCUCCCUAUACCCCGAAACCUCCCUAUGUACCACCACCCAAAGUAUAUCCUCCCUACACCCCGAAACCUCCCUAUGUACCACCACCCAAAGUAUAUCCUCCUUAUACCCCGAAACCUCCCUAUGUACCCACACCACCCAAAGUAUAUCCUCCCUAUACCCCGAAACCUCCCUAUGUACCACCACCCAAAGUAUAUCCUCCCUAUACCCCGAAACCUCCCUAUGUACCCACACCACCCAAAGUAUAUCCUCCCUAUACCCCGAAACCUCCCUAUGUACCACCACCCAAAGUAUAUCCUCCCUAUGUACCCACACCACCAACUCUUCCACCAAAGCCUCCAGUGACUCCUCCCAUAAAGCCACCCACACCACCAAAGCCUCCAGUGACUCCUCCAAUAAAGCCACCAACACCACCAACUCUUCCACCACCAAAGCCUCCAGUGACUCCUCCCAUAAUACCAACACCGCCAAUUGUGAAGCCACCACCACCUGAAACACCAUGUCCUCCUCCACCGCCACCAGAAAAACCAUGCCCACCACCAAAGCAAGAGACUUGCCCCAUUGACACUCUCAAGCUAGGUGCAUGUGUCGAUGUAUUAGGUGGACUAGUCCACAUUGGUAUUGGCAGUAGUGCUAAGGAUGCAUGCUGUCCAGUGCUUCAAGGUCUUGUGGACUUGGAUGCUGCUUUAUGUCUUUGCACCACCAUUAAAGCUAAACUUCUCAACAUCAAUCUUAUCAUACCCAUUGCUCUUGAGGUCCUUGUUGACUGUGGCAAGACCCCUCCUCCAGGAUUCAAGUGUCCUGCUUAA